AAGACUGGAUGAAGCAGGUGAAUAAACUGUCACAACAAAAGAUUUUCAAGUCCAGGAGACUCGGAGACUUCAGGGAAGUGACAAAAGGACGACUGGGGUCCGAAGGUCCGGAGAGCAGUGGUCCGGAACACGGGGGGUCCAGAGGAGGCGGACACUUGAUCGGUGACAUCAGCUCUUAUCUGCGGACCUCCCGCUCAGAGAAGAUGUGGGAAUGAACCCUGUCAGAGCUCAGGAGUCCCGCGUCCUCGCAGCGUCCCGGUCCGCUACUGCCCUGCUUCACACCACUCCUCGUCCUGCUGCAGUCCCGGUUCUGCUUCCGUCGCCAGUCGGAGCGUCCAGCCGCAGCUCAGUGAUCGGACCUCUGGUUCCGCUCCAGCGAAGAUGAUUCUCCCCCUGAUCUGGACUCUGCUGUCGCUGACUGUGGCAGACCCUCAUGUGGACUCCCUGCACCCAGAGCUGGACCACUCCAGGACCAUCUAUGUCGUGGAAAAUGGUCCCCGAAUCUCACUGUCGACGGAGCAGAACAGAGUCGUGUCGCGCAGAGGCGGGAACGCCACGCUAACCUGCAGGAUCCAGACCACCACGGCGCUGAGCCGGAAGAUGAGGAUCAAGUGGACCAAGCUGACGUCAGACUUCCUCAAAGAGGAGGAUGUCUUUGUGGUGAUGGACCACCACAAGAGGAGCUACGGAAAGUUCCAUGGUCGGGUCCACCUGCAGAACUCAUCCCCCCUUGACGCAUCUUUGGUCCUGAGUGACAUUACGCUGGACGACUACGGCCGCUACAAGUGUGAAGUGAUCGAUGGGCUGGAGGACGCCACGGUGGUGGUCUCGUUGGACCUGGAAGGUGUGGUCUUCCCAUACUUUCCUCGUCUGGGCCGCUACAACCUCAACUUCUACGAGGCUGAGCGGGCGUGCCGCGAGCAGGACGCUGUGGUGGCGUCCUUCGACCAGCUGUAUGAGUCGUGGCGGGGCGGGCUGGACUGGUGUAACGCUGGCUGGCUCAGCGACGGCUCGGUCCAGUACCCUAUCACCACGCCACGGGAGCCCUGUGGCGGGAAGAACACCGUGGCUGGGAUCCGAAACUACGGCCGGCGGGACAAGGAGAAGAACCAGUACGACGUCUUCUGCUUCACCUCGUUCCACAAAGGUCGCUUCUACUUCCUGAUCCACCCGUCCAAACUGACGUACGAUGAGGCCGUCGCUGCCUGCAGGAAGGACGGCGCCCAGUUGGCCAAGGUGGGCCAGAUGUUCGCCGCGUGGAAGCUGCUCGGCUACGACCGCUGUGACGCAGGCUGGCUUGCCGACGGCAGCGUGCGCUACCCCAUCUCCAAACCGCGGCACCGCUGCAGCCCCACUGAGGCCGCCGUCAGGUUCCACGGAUACCCAGAUAAAAAGCACAAGCUGUACGGCGCCUACUGCUUCAAAGGCAGCAACUGAGCUGCACCACACACACACACACACACUUAAACUGUGACGCUUUUGGAAAACUUGCUUUGUAGCAGACCGACAUCCAAAAAGCGCUAGGUCAUGACAUAUUAUAUUUAAAGAUCGUAUUAUUUAAUAGUGGAGGGCGGGGCUUAACAAGGGCGAGGUGGGCGUGGCAUUCAAACCUGAACCCGAAGCGACUGAUUCUCGGGGCACUUAACUUGUUAUCGGGUUCAGCAUCGCCUCGCUGGCCGACAGAAGAGUUUCUGACACGGUGCUAACUCCCAUACUGCCCGCUGCUUCACUUUUUUAUAUGGACAUCACGUUACUGAACCAUCAAGUGAACAUCCCAGCGUUAGCUUUGUAGAAUUUGUUCCCGUUUACGUAGAAAUAUUUACGAUGUUCGUCUUUCUUUAGCGUAACAAGAUUGCAAUUGUAAGCAAUACAGCGAUGCACUGAACACAUUUGUCAAGAGUGCAACGCUCUACGUUGUUGUAGAGCUGCUCUAGCUUGCGCUUGGCUAGCUUCAGCGCCCACGCACGCU